UGGAUUUUGUCUUUGUGGAAUGUGGAAGGAUCACGACACUGACUGGACCUAAAUCAGUGGGAACUGAUCUAAAGGAGAACAGAGCAGAACCUUCUGGAUCCAGCUGUCCGUCUAUGAGGAGUGACGACUUCAAACUUUGACCUCCAGACUUCAGUAAAAACCUGGACCUUCAGAAUCAGAGCUGACUAAAGUCCAGAAGAUGGAGGAUUGUGGUAUAAAGAAGAAGAGAGCAGAACCUCCUAGAUCCAGCUGUCCAUCUAUGAGGAGUGAUCAGUCCAAAGAUAAACCUCUGUACUUCAGUGAAGAACCUGGACCCUCAGAAGGUCAGAACCACAGACAGAGAGUAGAACCUCCAGGAUCCAGCUGUCAGUCUACGAGGAGUGACCGGUCCAAAGAAGACAAUCCAGAGUUCAGUGAAGAACCUGGACCCUCAGACCCAGAAGGGAGGAAGAGGAGCAGCAUUGGUGUGGAGGAGCAGCGGUCCUCCUGUGCUUUGUGUCAGAAGGUCCUGAUGGACCCGGUCUCUACCAGCUGUGGACACUGGUUCUGCAGACAGUGCAUCACGUCAUACUGGGUCCAGUCUGCUCCAUCAGGACCCUCCUCCUGCCCCCAGUGUGGGAAAAGACCCAGAACAGGAGCUGGACUGCUGGCAGCCAAUCAGAGCAGCUGUGCUCCAGCAGAUGUUGGUCUGCAGGAGGUUCUAGAGGAACAUAAGAUCAGUCUAAGGAGGAGAUGUGAAUGUGUGACUGAAGGAAGUGAUGAACCAGGAAGUAGAACCCUCCUCAACAGGAUAUACACUGAUCUCUACAUCACAGAGGGACAGAGUGAAGAGGUUAAUACCCAACAUGAGGUGAAGCAGCUGGAGAGAGCUUCCAGGAUCCAGAACCUCCAUGACUCUCCAAUCAGGUGCCACGACAUCUUUAAAGCCUCACCUGACCAACAUGGACCCAUCAGAGUGGUUCUCACCAACGGCAUCGCUGGUGUUGGAAAAACCUUCUCAGUGCAGAAGUUCACUCUGGACUGGGCCGAGGACUUGGAGAACCAAGAUAUCUGUGUGGUGGUUCUGCUGUCGUUCAGGGAGCUGAACCUGAUCAGAGGUGAGGAGCACAGUCUUCUCACACUGCUCCAUGUUUUCCAUCCAACCCUCCAGAAGCUCCCAGCAGAGCUGCUGGCUCGCCACAAACUUCUCUUCAUCUUUGACGGCCUGGAUGAAAGCAGACUUUCUCUGGACUUCAACCACAGUCGGCUGGUUUCUGAUGUCACACAGAAGUCAUCAGUCGACGUUCUGCUGACAAACCUCAUCAAGGGUAACCUGCUUCCCUCGGCUCUGGUCUGGAUCACCUCCAGACCUGCAGCGGCCAAUCAGAUCCCUCCUUCAUGUGUUGCCAGGGUAACAGAGGUACGAGGCUUCAGCGACGCCCAGAAGGAGGAGUACUUCAGGAGGAGAUUCAGUGAUGAAGAGCUGUCAAGCAGAAUCAUCUCUCACAUCAAGACCUCCAGGAGCCUCCAUAUCAUGUGUGGAAUCCCAGUCUUCUGCUGGAUCACUGCUACGGUUCUGGAAAACAUGUUGACCACAGAGCAGAGAGGAGAGCUGCCCAAGACCAUGACUGACAUGUACUCUCACUUCCUGCUGGUCCAGACCAGGAGGAAGAAGAACAAGUACCAUAGGGGACAUGGGAGGAGUCCACAGGAGCUGAUGGAGGCUGACAGGGAAGUUCUCCUGAAGCUGGGGAGGCUGGCGUUUGAACAUCUGGAGAAAGGAAACAUCAUGUUCUACCCAGAAAACCUGCAGCAGUGUGGUCUGGAUGUCACAGAGGCCUCGGUGUACUCAGGAGUUUGUACAGAGAUCUUCAAGAGAGAGAGUGUGAUCUUCCAGAAAGCAGUCUACUGCUUUGUUCAUCUGAGCAUUCAGGAGUUUCUGGCUGCAGUCUACAUGUUCCACUGCUUCACCAGCAGGAACACAGAGGUGGUGGAGAACUUCCUGGGACAAAAAUACAGUGAAACAUCUCUGGAGAACUUCCUGGGAAAAGGACAGAAUUACUCAUCUCUGGAUGAGUUCAUGAAGGCAGUCAUGAAGAAAUCCCUCAGAAAUGAAAAUGGCCACCUGGACCUGUUUGCUCGCUUCCUUCAUGGCCUCUCUGUGGAGUCCAACCAGAGACUCUUAGGAGGCCUGCUGGGUCAGACAGAGAACAGUCCAGGAACCAUCCAGAGAGUCAUCAACAACCUGAAGGAGAUGAACACUGAUAGAGUCUCUCCUGACAGAAGCAUCAACAUCUUCCACUGCCUGAUGGAGAUGAAGGACCUCUCAGUUUAUGAAGAGAUCCAACAGUUCCUGAAAUCAGAGAACAGAUCAGAGAAGCUCUCAGAGAUCCAGUGCUCAGCUCUGGCCUACAUGCUGCAGAUGUCAGAGGAGGUUCUGGAUGAGUUGGACCUGGAGAAGUACAACACAUCAGCAGCAGGACGACUGAGACUGGUUCCAGCUGUGAGGAACUGCAGAAAGGCUCGACUAGUGGGCUGUAGUCUCUCAGGGACUGAAUGUGAAGUUGUGGCCUCAGCUCUGAAGUCCAACCCCUCCCAUCUGACUGAACUGGAAAUAGAUGCAAUCCAUGAUGAAGGGAGAACCUUUGGAGACUCUGAAAUAAAGCAUCUCUGUGAGAUCCUGGAGAAUCCAGUCUGUAAAGUAAAGAAGCUGAGACUGUGGAGCUGCAGUUUAUCAGAGAUCAGCUGUUCUUCUCUGGUCUCCGCUCUGAAGUCCAACCCAUCCCAUCUGACAGAACUGGACCUGAGUAACAACGACCUGAAAGAUGCUGGAAUGAAGAAGAUUUGUGGUUUUCUCCAGAUUCUCCUCUGCAAAUUACAGAUAUUGAGAUUGGAGCGCUGCAGGUUGUCACAGAUCAGCUGUUCUUCUCUGGGCUCUGCUCUGAAGUCCAACCCCUCCCAUCUGACAGAACUGGACCUGAGUCAGAACGAAGGCCUGAAAGAUGCUGGAGUGAAGGAGCUCUGUGGUUUUCUCCAAGAUCCCCUCUGCAAACUACAGAUAUUGAGAUUGUGGCUCUGCAGUUUGUCAGAGAUCAGCUGUGAUUCUCUGGGUUUGGCUCUGAAGUCCAAUCCGUCCCAUCUGAGAGAACUGGACCUGAGAGGAAACAGCUUGAAGGAGUCAGAUGUUCAGCAGCUGCAGGAUCUUGUAAAGAGUCCAGACUACAAACUGAAAUCUCUGGAGUGGUGAUGAUCUUUGCAGAGGAGAGAAGCUGAGCUGUCCUGAUGAUCCAGAGGUUGAAGCUGCAGCAGUUGAGUUUAAAGAGACUCUGGAUCCUAAUGAUUAACUGAUGAAGAUGUUGAUCCUGUUUAUCUGCUCAUGUCUGUCAUUUAGUGUCUAAUUUUGUUUUUCUCUGUGGACCAAUGAGGAUGAAAUGAAAACUAAGCUGCAUUUAGUGGCUCCAUGUAGUUUUGAUUAGAAUGCAAUGAAACUUGAAAGUUGAUCUUUUGUCUCCCUGGUUCAUUUUCAGCCUUUAACCCCGAAAUCUAAAAUAAAGCUCAACUCUAAAGUU